AUUCUAUAAUAUCCGGCUGCAAGGUAGAAUCCUCCUAGUUCAAUGAUGUUCAAAGUUUUGUUGGGUAGCUUGGCAUACACAUAUGGAAUUUAUAUCCAAAAUUUAGUGAAAAUGCUGUUUGAAAGCUACUCGAUUUUAUCUGAAACUGCACUAAACAAGACAAACACAGAGUUAUAUUGCAAAUAUUGGUUCAUUCGCUUGGCUAUUCCCUAUACGGGUUGCCUUAAAGCUGGGCGCGCAUACUGGAAUGCUUGGUACCUGCGCCAAACGGCAUUCUGGUUUGAUGAAUGUGUCACACGAAACUCCCACGAUCGAUAGUAUAAGGCCUCGAAGUUACUCCGCUCAUAGAUGGUACAUAUCUGGAAGCUGAUAGAAUGGAGGGGAGUCACAAGCGCA